AUGUCGAAGCGAAGGAACUCUGACUCUGAAGAACCCGACUUCAAAAGACCAGCAGUUGAGAUUAAACACGAAGAUCAUGAUGUGAUUGAAAUUGAUGCCAAUGAUAAGCCUACCAACUCCACAGGUACUGCGGAUCAAUCCACAGUAUCUGGCCAACAACCGUCGUCAGAGAGCCAAGCUACUUUGGCAAGUAAUGAGCAGCCUCAGUCACAGACUACCUCAACAUCGUCAUCAGCUACUACAAAUACAACGGCAGCGACUAGUGAUAGUGAUCAUACUUCAUCGACUUCAGAAGCUCGACCUACUAGUCGCUUGAAUGAGGAAGUGGAAGCCUCAUCUCCAAUUCAUUUGCGACUUUUGGUUAGCUCCAAGGAAGCCGUCUUUAUUAUUGGUCAACACGGAAACACCAUUUCCAAAAUUCGUGAAGAAUCUGGUGUUGAGCUUAAGGUCAGCGAACACUUUCAAGGAAUCAAGGAGCGUGUUGUCAACAUUAAAGGUUCUUGUGAACAUGUAUCCAAAGCGGCUGCGUUAAUUACUAGAUGCCUCAAUGACGAGCCCUUUGACCAGGCUUCAACCUCUGAUGCAAAGGUUUUUACCCUCAAAGUUUUGAUUCCUCAGGCUCUUAUGGGUGCUAUCAUUGGUAAAGGAGGAAGCCGAUUCCGCGAAAUUGAAAGCGUUUCUGCAGCUAAACUCAAGAGCAGAGAGCAGCUGAUGCCUUACUCAACUGACAAAAUUCUUCAAAUUCAAGGAGUGGCCGAUGCCAUCCACAUUGCCGUAUACUACGUGUCUACCACUUGUGUUGCGCACCAUGAGUACCUCCGCAAUAACAGACCUAUUUUUUACAAUCCCAAGUAUGCAUUUCAGCAGAAGCAGCGACACCGCCAAAACUACUAUGGCUCCACACCACCCAAUAUGAUGUCUCAGGGAGGGUUCACCAACCAGUACCUUCAGGCAACUCCUGGUAGUUACGGCAUGGACCAGCGUGGUGCUCCGACAGCAACCUACUACGGGUAUCCCACACAAGGUCUUCAGGCAUACAAUCCUGCUGCAGCUGCAGUUGCAGCAGCAGCAGCUGGACCAUCCCGGUACGCUGCGCCGCGACCCUAUACCAGUGGACCACCUUCAAUGGGAGCAGCAAUGAAUGCGGCUGCUGCUGCAUUUGGAAGACCUGGCGGCAAUAUCACGAACCAGAAUCUGCGGAACGCGCAGCUUGUUGCGCAGGGUGCUGAGCGAGGGAAGGAGUUGAAACAAGAUGUGCAGAUCCCUAAUGCGUAUGUGGGAUCAGUGAUUGGAAAAGGCGGUAUGACGAUUAAUCACAUGCGUCAAUUCUCGCGGGCCAAUAUUAAGGUGAAUGACCCGAUACCCAAUAGCAAUGAGCGCACAGUAACAGUUGUUGGUUUGCCCGAGGCUAAUGAGAUGGCCAUUAGCAUGAUUAACAAUGUUAUUGAGAGCGAGAAGCAGAAGAAUAGAACCCGCCAGUUUAACAAGAAUGGCAAUGACAGUAAUGGCACAAAUGGUUCGACAGGAAGUGGUCUUGGAGAUGUGAGUGAUAUUAAUGUUGAUGGGUCUUCUGAACCCGUGCAGAAUGCUUCUUAA